GUAACGAGAAAGAUUUUCCUGAGACUCUCUCGCGGCAAGACAUUGCGAGAGGAUACGCGGAGGUCUCAGGUGUUGUUUGGAGAAGUUGAGGACUUCUCCUCGGACGAAGUGUUCGCGUACUCGUGUGGUAUAACGCUGUUGUAUGUAAUUGUGGUAUUGCAUUUCGACAACUUUAUUUUCUUAAGGCACAGGCGUCUAUUUGGCGUCUGUGAAGGGCAGACAGAGUGUGUGACAGGUUAUGUCAACUGGAUUGGCAGGUGCUGUUUCAAAUCAGCGGAUGAAAGGACAAACCAACAGUCAAGUGAGCAAUGGUCCUAAAGAACACCAGCAGCAACCGCAGACAGAACAUGCUGGCGGAGAAGAUACUGGAUUUGAUUCGUGGAGAGGAGGCAACAAUACACAUCAUUCAAGUUAUCCAAUUGGUACUGGCGACCCAUAUAGCCCUUACUAUGCAGGUACUUCAUUCCCUUAUCAAACAUUCGGCGCCGGGGAUGGUACUUGGUCGAAUGGAACGGACCCUGUUGCAUUUCUUUCCGGAUAUGGAGGUCAAAUAGGUCAUGAUGCGUAUGGCAUGGAUGGAAUGUUCUCCGCUAGCGCAGGCGGCGGUUUCAGUACAUUCGGUCAGCCUGCUUUCAAUUAUUUCCAUGGGAACGGUGAUUUUAGUGCUUGGGGCACUCCGAGAAAAACACGCUACGAAGACUAUUAUCAGGCCCCGCGUGGUAAUGAAAAUUAUCCAACGCCUAGUAAUACCGAAAUUAAGACUAUCGAGCAGAGUGUGCAAGGCCUGUCUUUAGGAAGCGGAGAAGUUCCGCGACAGGAACAACAAACUACAUCUAAUCAACCGAUAAAACCGGAGGCGAAAGAACCCCGAAAAAUAACAUGGGCAAGCGUUGCAAGUCAACCUGCCAAGCCAGUGCCUCCGCUCUCAUCUUCCCAAGGAAUGAGAAAGAAGGCUGGCAUGCCUCCACCGCCUAUUGUACCGGGAAAGCACAAUAUGGAUAUUGGUACAUGGGGCGAAGGUAAAUCGUCUGCUCCUCCUCCAACAGCGCCACCGCCACCACAGGUACAACCUCCCGUUCCACCACCUCCACCAUUGGUUCAAAGGCAAAGACCUCCUCCUCCACCCUGUUGGAAUAGACAGCCCACGACACCACCAUCGCCUCCACAAGCGCAGAUUCAUAUGCCUCCUCAACAACAUCAACAACAUCAACAACAUCAACAACAUCAACAACAACAACAACAACAACAGCAUCAGCCGCAGCAACAGCAGCAUCAUCAGCAGCAACAACAACAGCAGCAGCAGCAGCAACAGCAGCAACAACAACAGCAGCAGCAGCAGCAGCAAUUACAGCAGCAACAGAUUGUACAAUCACAACAAUCUCACCCUGUUUUGGAUGAAUUGAAAGUGAAAAACGAUUAUAAUCCUGUAGAUUUUGAUCAAACUGCUCCUGGAGCUAGGUUUUUUGUUAUUAAAUCAUAUUCCGAAGACGAUAUUCAUAGAUCCAUUAAAUAUGAAAUUUGGUGUAGUACCGAACACGGUAACAAAAGAUUGGAUCAAGCGUACAGAGAAGCCAGUCGUGAAGGCGCGCCUUUAUACUUGUUCUUCUCCGUGAAUGGAUCUGGCCAUUUUUGUGGCAUGGCGCAAAUGGUGUCGCCUGUUGAUUAUCAGAGUAACAGUUCUGUCUGGUCUCAAGAUAAAUGGAAGGGACAAUUCCGUGUACGUUGGAUUUAUGUAAAAGAUGUUCCUAAUGGGCAACUUCGUCACAUUAAGCUAGAAAACAAUGAAAAUAAACCGGUAACUAAUUCGAGGGACGCGCAAGAGGUACCCCAUGCAAAAGGAGUGACAGUGUUACGUAUAUUGCAUACUUAUCGGCACUCGACAAGCAUCUUCGAUGAUUUCGGACAUUACGAGCGCAAACAGGCGGAAGAAGAUCAGCGUAAAGUACCGCCGAAUGCUAUACAGCAUCAUCAUUCUUCCAAUCACAGAAACCGCGGACAUCCGCCUGAUAUGCCAAGGGAUCAUCAUAUGCAGCAUCCGCCGCAAUUGCAUCAUCAGCGCAAAGAACGAGAUGGUGGUGGUCGUAGCAGAGGCAGAGGAGGUACACGCCAGUAGCGGUGGAUACAACAAAAAUAUACUAUUAUUCAUGAUAGUAAUCAUCAUAAAGGAAGCACGCUACGACUAAUUAUCGUCAUAACUACUUAUCUUUGCUUUCGUGGAUACACAAAGGGCUUCUAAUUCCUGUGACAGAACUCUCAUCGUCGAGACUAUCUCCUUCUGUUAAAUAAUCAACUUGUAUGAUAAUUAGCGUCGCGUCGGCAUCAUAAAAUAUUAUCUAAUCAUAAUUACUACGAAGAGGAACGUAAUUCACUUUCACGGGAUAUCGAGUAAACUUGCUGACAGUUGAAGCAUAUAGUGUGGUGUUGCGUGCUAUUCGUCGAAAAGGUGUUUCUUAAACGUACAAAUUAAAAAUGAAAGGAAAAAAAUGAUAUGGAAGAAGAAAAACUGUAAUAUGUGGACUAACCCCCUUGUAAAAUGCUUGAACUUUUGUUGAUAAUGAAAAAAAAAAUCUAUGCGAGAACAAUAUUGUA